CCCUACAGCCUGCCAUUGAGAAGAACCCAAUGCCCAAUCCCAGGCCAGCCAAGCCCAUGGCUCCUUCCUUGGCCAUUGGCCCAUCCCCAGCAAUCUUGCCAAGCUGGAAGACUGGACCCAAGGGCUCAGAACUCCUAGGGACCAGGGGUCCUGGAGGAAGCUUCCAAGGUCGGGACCUACGAGGUGGAGCCAACACUUCUUCCUCCUUGAACCCCCUACCACCAUCACAGCUGCAGCUGCCUACGGUGCCCCUUGUCAUGGUGGCACCCCCUGGGGCCCGGCUGGGCCCCUCACCCCACUUGCAGGCACUUCUCCAGGACAGACCACACUUCAUGCAUCAGCUCUCCACUGUAGAUGCCCAUGCUCAGACUCCUGUGCUACAAGUGCACCCACUGGACAACCCAUCCAUGAUGAGGCUCCCACCACCCUCUGCUGCCACUGGGGUCUUCUCUCUGAAGGCCCGGCCUGGCCUGCCACCUGGGCUCAAUGUGGCCAGUCUUGAAUGGGUGUCCGGGGAGCCAGCUCUACUCUGCACCUUCCCACGCACGGGUACACCCAGGAAAGAGAACAACCUUUUGGCUGUACCGCAAGGAUCCUACCCACUUCUGGCAAAUGGGGUCUGCAAGUGGCCUGGUUGUGAGAAGGUCUUUGAGGAGCCAGAGGAGUUUCACAGGCACUGCCAAGCAGAUCACCUCCUGGAUGAGAAGAGCAAGGCACAGUGCCUCCUCCAGAGGGAAGUGGUGCAGUCUCUGGAGCAGCAGCUGGAGCUGGAAAAGGAGAAGCUGUGUGCUAUGCAAGCCCACCUGGCAGGGAAGAUGGUGCUGACAAAGGCUCCAUCUAUGGCAUCAAUGGACAAAAGCUCUUGCUGCAUCGUAGCCAGCAGCACCAGCACCGAGGGCAGCGUCCUCCCUGCCUGGUCUGCUCCACGAGAGGCUUCAGACAGCCUGUUUGCAGUGCGGAGGCACCUCUGGGGAAGCCAUGGCAACAGCACCUUUCCAGAGUUCUUCCACAACAUGGACUAUUUCAAGUUCCAUAACAUGCGGCCCCCUUUCACAUAUGCUACUCUCAUCCGAUGGGCCAUCCUGGAAGCGCCAGAGAAGCAGAGGACACUCAAUGAAAUCUAUCAUUGGUUCACACACAUGUUCGCCUACUUCAGAAACCACCCAGCCACCUGGAAGAAUGCCAUCCGCCACAACCUGAGCCUCCACAAAUGCUUUGUGCGAGUGGAAAACGAGAAGGGAGCGGUGUGGACCGUAGAUGAAUUUGAAUUUCGAAAGAAGAGGAGCCAACGCCCCAGCAAGUGUUCCAACCCCUACCCUUAACCUCAAAACCAAGAAAAGAUAGACAGGGGCCAAAACAUGAAACUGAAGCUGUGGAGGGAAAGGAAGAGAGUUCUGGACAUACCUAUGAAAACCAGGCAAUGAUGUCUCUGCUGUCUUACCUGUCAAGGACUCUACUCCCUAUCUGUCUGCCCUCUUGUACUGUAUCAUCUGCCGUAAGGCUGAGAGGGGCACCAAUCCCAGCCCAGUCCCUAUCCCCAACCUGUCCCUAAGAUGGGCUUUCCAGCCAAACAGCCCUUAUAACCAGCUAAACAUAUAGCCUGCCUUGGCCACUUCCAAGCAGAAAGAUGACGUAGACACACAGUCAUAGUACCAUUGCCUGAAUUCAACCCGAACCCCAAAACACAAAGAACCUGCCUUGGUACACUCAUGAGCCCUCAAAGCUGCAUAAUCCUGUAUUCUCGUAUGAUUGUAAUAAUCCUAAUCACUCACCCCAAAACACCCACGUCUGGAACCGUGGACACUAUCACACAUAGGUGGACAUGCAGACCCUUGCACACCAGCAGCACUGGAACCUUCAGGAUUACAUCCCAUAAAAUCACACAGGCAUAACUGGUCAUACACAGCCUCAUGCAAUGCCCAAAAAUAUAAGUCAGACACGGCUCAUCAGAACUCAUAAGUGUACACACAUGCAGCCCCUCCUCUCUAUCUCCUGAACUCCAUGAAUACACACCAACUCU